CGGCGGCCGCCAUUUCUGUCAUUGUCUUGUCAACGAGUCGUGGCCGAGGAGUGACUGUCGAAGUGCCAAUUACAAUUCCAAAAAAACUCCUCACAUUCACCUCAAAAAUGAAUUCCAAAAUUCAAGAGUACAAGGACACAUUGGAGCGCACCCUCAAUGACAAAAGCAAGCCGUGGGUCAAGUAUUUCGAAUUAGCGGAACAGAAAUCUGGCGUGAACAGGGUUUACCUUUUCGUUGGUCUUGUGGCGUUCACCGGUUUAUAUUUAGUAUUUGGUUUCGGCGCUGAGCUGAUAUGCAACUCUAUUGGGUUUCUGUAUCCGGCCUACAUGUCGAUGAAGGCGCUGGAAUCCCCACAAAAGGAUGACGACACUAAAUGGCUGACCUACUGGGUAGUGUUUUCGUGCUUCAACCUUUUGGAGUACUUUGCAGACUUCAUUGUUGGCUGGUUCCCUCUGUAUUGGUUAAUAAAGUGCAUCUUCAUCAUAUGGUGUUUCCUGCCGACGGAAUUCAAUGGUUCCCUGAUCAUCUACCACCGUGUCAUCCGCCCUUACUACUUGAAGCACCAUGACCGUAUCGACAACAUUGCAUCUUCUGAGCUAAGAGACAUAAUAAACACCGCCAACAAACAUAUGGAGAAGACACUCAAGUCUUUUGGCAACACUAUGAAGGAUUUACACAAAGAUUAAACUCAGUAAAGCAGAUUAGUGCAAAAGCGUAAAAAGCCGCCGUUGCCACCCGCUUGGUAACAGAUGCAGUUAGAAAGAACAACUAAAACUGUUUAAAUAUUUACAAAGAAGCGGACAGUACAAACUCUUACACGCUUUUGUCACCAACUCGCAGCAUGUUGAAUGUUAUUUUAAAAAAAUGACUAUAUCGUCUAUGGUUUAUAUUUUUAAUCAUCGAACUGUAUUUGACAGGUACAGACUGUGUCUAUCAGAUCUUGCCUCAAUAUUAAUUGUCAAUUAAUAAUAACUAACUUUAAGUUAUGAGAAUUUUGACGGAUAAUACAGAUAAUAUUUUGCACAACUAAUUCGAUGCAAAUUGUAUCGAUAUUAAAAUAAGAAACAUAAAUAUUAUCCAUCCCAUGUUUUUACAUAUUCACAUGCGCUUCAAUGCACGCUGUCGAUGUAUUUAUUGUUUUCUAGAAUCGUGACGCAAUUUUUUACAUUUUUCCUUUAGAAUUAAAUUGAUAGUUAAUUUCCCAGGCCUAUAAGAUCUUUUAAGGCUUAGAAGCUAAGUAAACCUUUAAGUUUUCUCUACUUUAAGAUCUCUUUGUGGAACAAUGAAUUCUUAUUUCAAUUUUUCAAUCUUGUUUCUUUCAAUUUACAUUUGCUCAAGGAAUGUUAAGUCUGUUGUUUAUUUUUUAAGGUUGAAUCAAUAGUUUUAUACGUGAUUUGAAAAGUUGUUUAUAUUGCCAUGUGAGAAAUUGUAGCAAUUCUGCUAAAAGUUUUUUACAGUCUGUAUCUUUGUGUUUUGACGAUGUUUGCUGGAUUUAUAUCAGCUAUUCAGAAAAAUAUAAUCUUAUUUUGUAUUGGCUGAAGAGCUGUCAUGCCAAAAGCAAGCGUCUUCAACUUGCAAACGAAUAUACAUAUUAUAUUGAUGUAUAAGAAACCCCAUUUUCAAUUUUGAAGUAAUUGAGACUUUCACAUUUGCUUGCGAUUAAAAUCUAUUUAUCCAUGUAAUAAUGUGCCUUCUGUGAGUUUUGCUGCAUGCAUUGUAAUUGUAUUUACACAAGGAAUUGUUAUUGUCAUUUUUUCACGCAAUAAAAGGAAUUCAUUGUAAA